UCUGGCAGCAACUCCACAACUUGAAUAUUUUCUUUGACAUUAGAGACGACUUGUGGACUUGUUCUCAAGUAAAAAAGCAUGAAGAUUCUAGGAGUAUUGCUGUUGUUGACAUACGUAACUCACGUGACUGGGAAAAACUGUAUCAGCGCUGGCGGAAACAAUGACGAAUGUACAAAGGGUGAGACUGACUGCGGUGACGGAAAAGUGUGUAUGCACAUAAUAAUGGGAAAGUCGAACAAUAUAAAGAAGCGUUGUGGAGCACCGCAAGAUGGUGGUUGUUGGUGCGAUCCUUCUCUAACUUCCCUUGAGGCAUGCGAGGAAGGAUAUAGCUGCCAGGAAAAAAAUGGAAAAUUUGAAUGCAAAGAAGACGACAGUACAGAAACAAGAGCUCAAUGUUUGUCCUCAGAUAACGGCUGGAAGUUAUCUUAUCAGAACGAUGAAAAUGGGAACACUAUUUCGGGAACUAUAAAAGAUUUUAUCGACCUAGUGAAACAGGGUGCGCAGGUGAAGGUUUACAGUAAUGCCUUGGGGCUUGUUGCCAUUCAGCAUCUUACGGUUAGUUAUGAGGAACAGACUUGCUGUAUAAAUGGGUGUGUACACGGACAAGCCCUCUUCUGGGCCAAAGACACACGUUCACCUCGAGUUUUCAAUACGUUUAUCGUCUUUAGUACAACUGGAAAUACCCACGUCACCGAAUUUCCGGUUAACAGCCCUGAGAAUACAGGACGAGUUAAUAGCAAUGCUGGUUUUGACCUGAAAUGGUAUACAAGGAUUAACACCAGACCUACAAGCAGUGAAAGCGACCUGACAAGGUAUAUAAAAGACGGAGCUUCUGUACAGAUAUUGGCCGACAACACCAUUAUACCCUUGGAUGUUGUCGAUUUGACUACCACAGUUAAAGGUUGGUCCCUAUAUAAACUUCGAGAUAUAUUUGGAGGCACCGAGUUUAAUACCACCGAACAGCUCGAGUUAUCGAUGUGGUCAUAUGAUGGCGAAUUGCAGAAAGCAAGUUGGCUCUUGAAUGACCACUCACAAACAGAAACAGAAAUGUUACAGGGUCAGACAUUUAACUGGCUAGUUGAUCCAUGCUGGAGAAUCGUCUACAGACACAGUAAAACAGGUGAUGCUCUUUCUGGCUCUAAGGAAGGUCUGAAAGCGGCAGUCGAAAAUGGCAAAGGGCUAAGACUUAAAGUUGGACCAAAGUACUAUAAGGCAAGAACAAUUCGCCAGCCCGUAGGUACUGACGAAAUCAUUGCCCAGGUAUAUGAUUCAAUCAAUUCUGACGUCAAUGUUGGUCAGUGGAGAUGGUUGGAAGUAAGCACUACUGGGCUCGUCAAGACUAUCGAAUUCGACAUUGGUGGCAGUCAACUGAUAAGUGAUAACUCGGAAGGAAUGGACGUAACAUGGUUCAAAGAAGAAAGAGUUUGGACGGCUGCAGCACCUACAGACAUAAGCGAUAAGGUAGAUAAUGGGGCAGAUGUGCGAUACCGUGUUAACACAUCGAGAGGAAUUAUAUCGUACAUAGCUGAUUAUGCCCAACGGAGUUUUGUUUUACCUUCAAACCCUCCAAGAGAAACCGAUAUCUACACGUUGUACAACGACCGGGAGAUAGUGUUCAGUGGUACCGAUUACUUAAUUCGAAAAAGCUUCGUUAACUGGGAUACAGGAGUCUACACUUAUCAUGAUUAUUUAGUUGGCAGCACGACGAGAAUCGAGCGCAAUGUUGUGCAGAGUGAUGAAGCCAACAUACAAUUCUUCUUUAGUUAAGUCAACGUAUAACAUUUACUUGCAGUCUUAUUGCCUUCAAUGUAUAAAUUUGAUAUGUUGUCAUUCACUGACACACACUUUAACACAUGGUUACAAUCGAGGUAUUAAACGAUAUAUGUAUAUAAUGCCACAUCUCCAUAUCUAACCACAUCCUUCAUCCUCCGUCUUUUUGCAAUACUUCUUUAUGUAUCUGCAAUCAUAUAUUACUUGUAUAUGGAGAUCUUACGUUUAACUAAUUUUUCUGACAAAAGCCUGCAUCCGCUAAGCGACAAACCUUACCAAAAAGUAAUUAAUUAAAAUCCUUUAUGGAAAAAAAGAGAAAACAAACAGAUAAAUAUUA